CCCCCGGGCAGGGGCGGGAGCUGUGGAGGCGCGGCGGCCGGCGCUGAGCUACUGCUCCGGGCUCUAGGCGAGGCUUGGCCUUCCUUGCCGAGACGGGGCGAAGCGGCGGAGGCGGCGGCCCUCGGGCCGGCUGGUGAGGCGAUGGCGGCACUGGGCCCGGGGACUGGAGCAGCCUCGGGGGGCGCUGGCUGCAGCGGAGCGGGCGUAGGCGCAGGCGCGGGUGCGGGGUCCUCGGGGGCCGCCCGGCUACCUAGCCGGGUGCUGGAGUUGGUGUUCUCCUACCUGGACCUGUCCGAGCUGCGGAGCUGCGCCCUGGUGUGCAAACACUGGUACCGCUGCCUGCACGGCGACGAGAACAGCGAGGUGUGGCGGAGCCUAUGCGCCCGCAGCCUGGCAGAAGAGGCUCUGCGCACGGACAUCCUCUGCAACCUGCCCAGCUACAAGGCCAAGGUACGUGCUUUCCAACAUGCCUUCAGCACUAAUGACUGCUCCAGGAAUGUCUAUAUUAAGAAGAAUGGCUUUACAUUACAUCGGAACCCCAUUGCUCAGAGCACUGAUGGUGCAAGGACCAAGAUUGGUUUCAGUGAGGGCCGCCAUGCGUGGGAAGUAUGGUGGGAGGGCCCUCUAGGUACUGUGGCAGUGAUAGGAAUUGCCACUAAACGGGCCCCCAUGCAGUGCCAAGGUUAUGUGGCCUUGCUGGGAAGUGAUGACCAGAGCUGGGGCUGGAAUCUGGUGGACAAUAAUCUACUACAUAAUGGGGAAGUCAACGGCAGCUUUCCACAGUGCAACAAUGCACCAAAAUACCAGAUAGGAGAAAGAAUUCGAGUCAUCUUGGACAUGGAAGAUAAGACUUUAGCUUUUGAACGAGGGUAUGAGUUCCUAGGGGUUGCCUUUAGAGGACUUCCCAAGGCCUGCUUAUAUCCAGCAGUUUCUGCUGUAUAUGGCAACACAGAAGUGACUUUGGUUUAUCUUGGAAAACCUUUGGAUGGAUGACAGUGGCUUUCUUGGGAUGGAAGACAAAGUGAAGAAGAGAUCUACUUGUGGAAAGUAGAAUCAUGAAGUGAUAGUGUCAUGUGUGCAUGUCCAAGAAACAUCCUGAAAAACACAUGAAGCUGUGAACUGGAGACAUGACUACAGCAGAGAUGAUCUUAGUGUUUCCUCUUUCCACUGGGCCAGAAAAAUCCUCAGGGUUGCAGUUGGUUGAAUGGGCAGUUGACAUAUGCAUGUUGCAACAGAUUUCGUCUCUAAGUUAGCAAUGUGUUACUUCCAGCUUUAAAGGUGAGCUUUUAGAGAUGCUGACAAGGGAUAAGUUUAAGUAGUGUUUUUGUGAAGAAGGAUUGAUCCCAUCUUACAACUGCCUGUUCUUUCUCCAAUCCCUUUAUUUCCAGCCAGCUUGACCAUUAGAAAAGUAUAAAACUGGUUGGAUUUUAUUUAAUAUUUUUAAUAUAUUGAGAAGCAUGGUCUGCCUGGACUGCACUUCUCUAGCAAUGAGAAAUGAAACUGUGCAGCUAUUUUAAAAAUUGUAUAUAUAAAGUGUGUAAAAAAACUGUAAACAAAAACCAAAGGACAAAGGGAUUGCUUUGUUCUAGUUCAAUUUCUUAAAAGUCACUACAUGCUACAAAAUUAGAGUACUGCCUGGGGACAGUUGUAUAACCACAAAGAAGAGGAUUUCGAGAGGAGGUAACAUUAUAUUGGCUCAUUUUACAUUGUUUUGGGUGUGUAGUCCUCAUAGCUAUUAAUCUAUUUUUUUUAAACAAUGAAUUAUAGUAAAGGUUCCCUAAUUGGCUAAAGACUGAGGGAAGGCAAAUUUAUUUCUAAUUAUACAUAUAUCAAUAAGGAUGAUCUAAACCUAAUAAUAAUGUACAUCAGUUGGUGUCUGGUUUUAUUUUUUGGCCUUCUGAGAAAACUAGUCUCCACAUAGAACAUCCUAUGUGCUCUUACAGUCUUCAGCUAUAAGAGCUAUUAGUCAUAAAACCUAGGAAAAGAAAUGAUUGAUGGUUCUUUUAUUUUCUAACCUUAUAAUGCUAUAGCUGUUAUAAAGUAUUUUUAAUUUCAUAUUGUUUACAUCAUGCAACAAUCUAAAGCCUCAAACUCUUCCUUGGGACUGGCAACAAAAUGUUUACUCACAUCUGAAAUAGUGCCAGCCUGAACGAAUAGAGUCUUCUUAAUCUCCUUACAGAUAAUUGCCCCCGUGGGACUUGUGCUGAGCAGUUCAGGUUGGUAGUAUUUUAGAAGUUUCUUUGGAGAAGAGUUUUACAUUAUUUCCUAUGUUAACCGAUAAAUAUUUUCACCAAUACUCCUUGGAAUUAAAUAAUCCAACACACAUGAACUGGGAUUUUUUUUUUUUGUUAGAAACAAAACAUCUUUUUGUAUAAAAGUAUAAAUUACAUGAUUUAAAUACAUAAGAAUUGAUGAAGGCAACAAAUCUUUUUAGACAAUUGCUAUAUGUAUAUUUUGUUUUAAAUCUAAUAAAAUUAGGGACAGUGAGCAGCGUGCUGGGGUUCUUGGGGUGCUCCUUGAGAAUUAAAUUGUCAAUACUGCUAUGAAGCGGGAGACUUCGGCCAUAGAACAAAGAUCUAUAGUUGCCAGCUGAAAAGUUUACAAGUAUUUAUUGUGUAUUUGCUAUGUUGCUUGAAAAAGAGAAGUUUGUUAAAGAUUCUUUUUGAUAAUCUGUAUUAAGAAGCAACCUUGUACAGAGUGGAAUUAUAUGUUAAAUGUAUUAGGGAAUAUAGCUGGCGUGCGGGAACUGACACCCCCCCCCCCGUUGGUCUAGAAUAACUCAAUUUGAUGAAAUGUAAAAUUUGAUUAAAGAAUUGAUUGAGGGUGAAAGUUGACUUGUUUGGAGGGAUGCGUCCUUAAGUACUUUGUCGCAUUCUCAGGUUGUGAUAUGGCCAAUUCCAAGAGCUUUUGCUGAGUUCUGUAGUUCUGUUUAAAUUUCUGUUUUGUCUUGUUAGUAAAUGUCCAUUUGCAAUGAUGUUUUGAAGGUGCUGACUGGAAAACAAAAACACAUGGUUAUUCAUUCCUUUUUGAAACUAGAAUCAAAUAAUUGCCCAUUUUAUAAUAAGCCAUUCUUUUUGUUUUGUUUUUGAUUUUGACUUUUUGAGAUGGGGUUCUUGCUGUGUAGUUCAUGCUAGCCUUGAGCUCAUAGAGAUCCCCCUGCCGCAGUCUCCCAAAUACUGGGAGUACAGGCAUAUGCCAGCACUCCCAGCAAUAACAGGACAUUCUUAUCUCAGAGAUCUGAGUGUUCCUAGUUGGGUUGAGCAUCAGUGGGUGGAGAGCCUUCAUUUAUAACCUGAUGAGUUUGUUCCUGGAGACUGAUGGCUGUCCAGAUGACUAAGAAAGACUGCUCAGUGUUGCAGAAGGUCUUGUUCUCUUGCUGGUGCUGAAAAAGCAUGGAAGAGAAGACAGUACUUGAAGACUGAGUAUAAAUCACCCAAACCCAUUGAUUUGGCUGGAUCUGGCAGUCAUUUUGGAGUGGUUUUAUUUAGGUUUGGGUCCCAUAUCCUAAGAUCUCAGUGUUGGAACUGGGAUACAUCCUGACCAUAAGGAUUAAAAAAAUAUCCUGGUGAAUUGAGAAUGCUGCCAAAAGUUGGAAACAAUUCUAAAAUUUGCCUAGGGUUUUCUCAUCUGCAAAACAGAAAAUUCUUGCUCCCUCCCUCACUACCUCACAAGGAUAUUGAGAGCAAAAGAAUACUGAGAAAGUGUUGGUGUUGUGGAUAAAAAAUGCUGUUGAAAGGCAAAACCGGUUAUUUCAAUUGCAGUUAUAAUCAGGAAAAAGUCUGUAACUGAGUUACUGUGUUGCCUUGGGGAACUUGGAGCACUUCCGCUCAUUCUUUGACGAAGCAUGCAGGUGUGGAAGCAAACAUUAAUUGCUAGUACUCUCGCCAUAAUAUGGUCUUCUGUCACACUUGAGAUAGACUGUUUGAAUUACCUGGUUUUACAUAGGAAAGAAGAAAUAUUAAGGCUUAAAUUCUGUAAUGUUCAUUGGCUCGUAAUCAUUAAAAAUUCAUACAAGGAAUUCUGUGGUAAUAGAUGUCAUUUCAUAGUUGCCAUUAGUUUUUCAUUAUUGACUUUUGAGUGCUAAGUCCUUAUUUCAUCUCUCAUUCUUACUCAAUAAAUUUAAAUACAGA